AAUAUCUAUUGUUUUACUCACUAUUUACGUUUAUUGUUACGGAAAAUAGCUUGUUAGUUUAAUUCAUGGUUGUAGUCCGUAGUUCGUAUGGCCAGUAGCAAAGCAGUUUAUAAUAAUCAAUGGAUGGCAAGGAGUAUAUUGGAAGGUUUGCGUGACGUGCGAGAGUCUGCUGUGAUAUUUUGACAUGAGGGGUUGGAAUUUUAAUUUAGUUGUAAAUUAAUUUUUUCGAAGGUUUUUUAGUUAAAAGAAAAUGGUUUAUUUCAUGCGGUUGGCAUGCUAGAUGCGAAAGUGAAUUUAACAAGUAAACACGUUUCAAAUAGUGUGCUGAGAAAGUCGGCCAAACAUCAACCAUCUCCUGAUGUCGAUACCAAAUGCCAAUAAGCAGCCUUGGUAUCCCCACGGAAGUGCUACUCCAGGGCGGCAGCAUGUGUCCCAGAUGUAUUCCCAGCACGCGCCUCCUUCCAAUCAAGCAGAUUGGUCUGAUAACCCGAACCAGUUUGUGCACAUGCCACAAACUGGCAACACGUGGUACGGCAACAGCAAGCAGUCACCCAGCCCCAGACCACCGCCCAACAACAACUGGGACUGGGGUGGCAACUACCAGAAGCAGCGUACAUCACCUCUGCCACAGCAACAGCAACAGCAGCAUCAGCAACAGCCACAGCAACAGCACCAGCAACAGCAACAGCAGCAACCUCAGUUCAGCCAUACGUACUUCCAGGGGUACAGUAACCAGAGUAGAACAAGCCAGUCUGAUCCAUGGGACUGGGGUAUGGAUGACAACACAACCUCGGGCUCUGAACCUCAAAGAGGGUACGCACCUAGCGGUAGCACGCAACAUGAUCCAUCGUGGGAUUGGUCGGUGGAAGGAACAUCCACCUCAUAUGAAUCGUCCCACACCAGUGCCAAUUUUGGGCCGGAACACACGGGCAAACAUAUGUCAAGCUCGGGCCCAAAGUUGAUAUCACAAAAUUCAUAUGGACCAGUUGGAACAUUUAGCCAGGAAAAUUCUCACAGCUCAUCCAAUUUAAAGGAGGAUUCAAAAACUGUGCAUGAAACUACAGAGGUACCGUUCAGUGGUGUUAACAGUAAUAAUGAUAUGGGUGCAGAACAUUUACAAACCGAUUAUAGGAAUAAAAAUAUUGAAGUGGAUAGGAACAGGAAUGAGACGGCCUAUGAAAAUAUUGGGUAUGAGCAACAGGUCCAAUUGAACAGUCAACAUUAUCAGAAUGUUCCUAAACAAUCUCAACAAGGUGCUUGGGAUGAGCAGCAAGCAGUUAGUCAAAGUUUUCCUCAUCCAGUUGGGUAUGGUGCGCCAAGAAUGCAAGGAGAUUACGUAAAUCUAAUAGAACAGCAGAGGGAAAACACAAAUACAGUGUUUCCUGGUAAUUUCUCUUUUGACCACCAAGAACAGAUGUCAGGCAGGUGCAGUGAGGGAGAAGAGAAGACAGUCGGUGGCGACAGGCUCCCGUCACAAUGGUCGACAGAAAGCCUGCCAAGUCAAGGGUCAGAUGAAGCUUACAGGGUGUUCAACGAUGGUGCUGUCAUGAGCGAUGUGGCUACUCCAUCAUCGUCUGAGACUCAGUCUCUUGAUGCAGUUUCUCAGAAUGUUUUAGAAGCAGAUGCCCCACAGCAAGAGCACAUUCCCUCAAUGGCAGUUGGUGGACGUAAAAAUUCUCAACAUUCCACCUCGUCAUUUGAUUAUGCCAUAAGUACAGAACCUGCCCUAAGUAAAGAACCUGCCCUAAGUACAGAACCUGUAGUGGGACAUAAUUCUGAAAUGCAGAUUGAGAAAGCUUAUGAACCUAUCUCCUACUCUAAUCUGCAUACUUCGGAUGAUCUACAGUACAGAAGUGAACCUGCAAUAGAAUCUACUGAAAUUAGGAAUGUGCAACCUUUGAUAAAUAGUGUGAGCAAUUCAUUUGAAGGUCUGUCAAUAUCAGGUGAGGCAAAACGUGACACUGUUGAUGUUGAAAACGAAGAAAUAGUUUCGCCGGAAGCUUGUGAAGCUAAAGGUGGUCACAGUCAUUUGCUGCCAAACACGCCAGCGAGUAGCAGUCCAAACAUAACACCACCACCGCCACUCUUUUUCCAAGGACCACCACCUGUGGGUCCCCCAAAUAGCUCGGGAGGUACUAACAACCCUUACACGGCCACAAGAUCAAACCUCACCCACAAACACGCGAGCAAGUUCAGGGACAGCUCGAGGGGCUUCAGCGUAUCACCACAGUUGAAUUCCAAGUCCGAUCUGAACACCAGUCUCACAACACCUCUUCAGUUUGAUAGUAGUAUCGCUUCUCCCUCCUUGCCGGCAUUCGUGGGCCAUGCCAAGGGCACGGAGAGCUUUGCAAAGAGCAAGACUCAAACCGUCCCUCCGGCCUCCGACGAUGUUAACUUGGAGACUGUGCCUGACAACAAGGAGCGGCCAGACCAAGUGGAGCAGCUCAAGCACCCGCUGCCGUCCUCUUCGCCAUUCUUGGGUGGCCAGCAGCCGGCAGAGUUCCCCCCGCACCAGAUGUCCUCACCGCGCUUGCCUGGAGCUGUUGGUGGGCAGGAUUCCAGGAAGAAUUCUUUACGCUGGAACCAGCACACUGUGUACAGUGCAAGUCCAGAGAACAUGGAGGUAGCACCUCGUUGUGGACCCGAUAGGAACCAGUACCUGGAGACGGGUCAGCUUACAGAAGAGGAGCAGCUUACAUCUGACAGCUAUCUGCAGCAGUAUCGCCAGCGCACGAGCGGGGUCAGCGAGAUGGCCUCGCCUGACUUCCAGCGGAUGGUCCCCGGCCAGAUGAACGACCAGGAGUCAGCGAUGGGGACUGGCCCUGUCGAUGUGCGAAUGAAUGCGACGCCUCCCCCAGGGCUGCAUCGCAUGGUGCCCGGCCAGUUCAUGGAGCGUGAUGAUGACGUGUCCCAGCGGCAGGCGGGGGACGAGGAAGACCUCUCGCUCCGGAUGGUCCCGGGACAGACUGGCGAAGGGGACGGGGACGGAGACGGAGCCUCUGGUCCUGUCGCCGGACGCAGCCGCGGCAACAGGGUUGAUGAUGUCCCGCCGCCCGGUCUCAGGCGGAUGGUCCCGGGGGAGUCCAGCAGCCCGGAGAGUCGAGGUGACGGGCUGGGGACUUCGUUCCAGCCCGUUGACGCGGUACCGCGGGAGCCGCGGGUGGUAACGGGCGUAGCACAAGACGAGAUGGAUGUUCCCAGAGGUCCAAGUGCUGACAGGCAGAUGUCACCUUCGCCCAUGCAAGUUCCCAGUGGUGGUCGCAUAAAGCUUGAACCACGCGUGAAGAGCGAGCCUUCGAGCCCAGUGCCUGAGACUCCUUCAGUGGCCAGCAACAGUUUGCCACAGCCUCCUUCGGAAAGAAGUGAAACAAUUGGCUCUGACAGCGUCGAAAUGUACCAGCCAACCAACACAGAGCCUCAGAGAGAUGCUGGUAGCGGCAGAGCCAGCAAGGAUCGCGAGCGCAGGCACAGGGAUGACCAAGACGGGCAGGAUGUGGCACAGACGCGUCGGCGCGACUACUACGGUGCCAGGGAUCACACCAGGGACCGGGACAACUCGCCAGGCAGCGUGGGACGAGACAGGGACAGAGUCAGAGAAGACUCCCCGCCCAGUGGUGGUGGCCGGUACCGGGAUGAGCGAGAGCACAGGAGGCACCGGGCACUCGAUGAUUCUCGCCGUGUCAGGAGCAAGAGAAGUUACAACAGAGCAGAUGAUGAAGACGAUGAUACAGAAGACUACUCUAGUGACCGAGAUCGCAAUCGCAGAGAUAGAAGAGAUCGCAGAGACAAGCCAUUGCACAAGGAUGACUACGACAGUCGGUACAGGGGGAGAGUCGACAAGGAUGAUGACCGCAGGGAUAGAGGCUACCGUAGAGGCCAAGACAAGCCAUCGUCCCGUGACAGAUACGACAGAGGUGGAGGCCGAGAUAGGGAGAGAGACAGAGAUCGUGAUCGUGAUCGUGAUCGGAGACGUCAUGAUGAGCCUCCAGAUUACUAUGCCAGAGGUUAUGAAGACCCUUACUACAGGGAAAACCAGAGAUCGCGCCCAUCAAGUCGCUCUGGAUCAAAGGGUGACUACGAUGAUUAUCAUCAGUCUAGAGAUUAUCAUGCCUAUGCAGGAUACGGCUAUUAUGGACGACCUGCACAUCCGUACCAGUAUGAUCCAUACUACAACUACAGCAAAUACUAUGAAAAUCUACGUAGAACUAACCCAGCAGCUUACGCAGAAAUGUACGCCAAGUAUUAUGCGGCUCAACCAGGCUAUCACCAGGGUUCAUUUUCGGAAGAUAGGGCCAGUGUGCACUCGGGAAGAAGUUCUGCCAAUGAAGAACUGCAGAGAGAGAGGACCUUGGAUCAGACAGUUACGUCUGUAUACCAGGAGCCAGCUCCAUCUACACCUCAGAGACUCACACCGGCAAAGUUUUCCACAGCUCAUGUGAAAGGUAUGUUCACAUCUCAAGGAGUGCUUGUGAAAGUUUUACCACACUACCCCCUUGAUGGGCAGCCAGCGUUAAUAGAAAUUCACAGUGUUGGAAGACUUUUGGCCUCGGAUGAAGAAAGGCAAGAACUGGAAGAUUUCCCAGGUCCACUUGUCAAGGGUACACACAAAAACUCGCUUAUAAACUUUUGUGCGAAGAAAAUCAAGAAAGCUGAACGUGAUCCGGAUUUGUACGACAGGGAUUCUGUCAUUCUUCUGUGGAGACUUCUGAUUCUUCUUCUCAAGCAGAAUGGAACGAUUGUUGGGGAAGACAUAGCGGAGCUUUUGCUGUCGAACUCUGGCCGCCACGGCUCCAGCAUGACCAUCUCGACUGCGAGGCAGUCCGUCCCGUCCCCAGCCGUGUCGCAGCACAGUGUGCACGACGAAGCUCAACACAGGUCAGAGGAGGACAUCACCAACGAGUUUCGAGAGUUUCUCCUCUACGGAAACACGAGGGAAGCCCUUGAGUCUGCAAUGAAACAUGGCUUGUGGGGCCAUGCAUUGUUCCUUGCCUCCAAGAUGGAUCAGAGGACGUAUGCAAACGUGAUGAUGCGGUUCGCCAACGGCCUCACGAUGAAUGAUCCUUUGCAGACUUUGUACCAGCUUAUGUCGGGCCGCCAACCCGCUGCAGUCACUUGUUGUGCUGAUGAGAAGUGGGGCGACUGGAAGCCGCAUCUCGCCAUGAUUAUAUCACAUAAUUCUCAGCGGCCAGAUCUCUUCAAGAAGGCAAUCACCACCUUAGGAGAUACUCUUGGGGCCCGGGGCUGUCUUCAUGCAGCACACUUCUGCUACCUGAUGGUGCAGCAGGAGCUUGGGACGUAUGCACAGAAGUCUUCGAAAUUAGUCCUGAUUGGCUCUUCGCACACCAAACCGUUCAGCGAGUUUGCCAGCAAUGAGGCAAUCCAGAUGACGGAGCUGUACAUCUAUGCUUCUCAGCUGGCGGACCCUGAAAUGGAUGUGCCACAGUUCCAAACCUACAAGUUGCUGUACGCUCAGCGCCUCGCAGAGCUGGGGAUGUCCGCAGAAGCCAUCCACUACGUGGAGGUGAUAGCGUCAUCCAUAGUGAAGUGCCCACACCGGUACGACCUCGACUUCCAGAAGAAGGUGCACGACCUGGGUGACAGCCUCAAGUUCCACGACCCGGUGUUCACCAGCGGGGAGGACGACAGCUCUUUGCUCGGGGACCCACAGUGGCUGCUCCAGCUCAAAAGGGUUAUAGACGACUAUCAGGCAGGAGUUCUGCAUCCUGAUAUGCAUAACAAUGGGUCCAUGUCCAACUUGAGUUAUGGGGAGGUUGAUGGUGCACAGUAUGCUGCUUUGGCAUCUCAGCAGGAGCAACUUCACCCUCAAGAAGCAUUUUCCUCUGAGGCAUUGCAGCAGAACACAGACUACAUCAGUCAACAGCAACAACAGCAACAGUUGCAGCAGCAACAGUGGGGCCAUCAAGAAUAUGUACAAGAGCAGAGACCGGAUGAUUUUAAUGAUGGCUACAUGCAACAGGAACCAUCACAGUUCUAUCCCGGUGGGGCGGAACAGAACAGCUCCUACUGGUGGCCUAACGAGACUAGGACCGAGCCCGAUCAGUCCCACGAUCUGGACACCAGUGGGGGCAGCUAUGCCUCACAGUCACCGCAGCAGCAGCAGCAGCAGCAGCAGCAGCAGCAGCAGCAGCAGCAGCAGCAGCAGCAGCAGCAGCAGCAGCAGCAGCAGCAGCAGCAACAGCAGCAGCAGCAGCAUCAGCAGCAUCAGCAGCAUCAGCAGCAUCAGCAGCAGCAGCAGCAGAGCUAUGAAUGGUCGCUCCUGCAAAAGCAGGUUCCUCCCGCCCAAGCGCAGUUCACGGAGGAGAAGACAGGGCAGCAGCCUCCCUCCGCACAGCCGCCCGCGCCGGCACCGCAGAAGCCGAAGCCUAAGAAGGACCCCUCGAAACCAGCGCCUGGAGGCAACAGUGGCUGGUUCGGGGGUCUCUGGAACAAGAUCGCCCUGCGGCCCAAGAACCAGAUGAAGUUGCCGGAUGACAAGAACCCCUCUAUUGUGUGGGAUCCUGAAACGAAGCGCUGGACGAACCUGGAUGACGAUGGGGAGGAGAGCAGUGGGCCCCCUCCCCCGCCGCCCAAGGCCUCAGAGCUGAUGCCGGCGGCUGCAUCAAUUGAUGGGCAGCGGCGGCUGGUGGACGGUCCCGCUGCGGCGACGGCCUCAUCGGCUCCCCCUGGAGGCAACAUCUACAAGCUGAACAAGGGCAGGAGUCUCCGUGCGAGCUACGUGGACGUCCUUGCCAACAGCAAAGUGUCCAGCCCUGCCGUUCCUGCACCAGAAUUGUUCCCAUCCGCGGUGCCAGCAGCGUCAAAAGGGAAUUACUUCGUGCCAGCCCCAGUCGACAGCAACGACGACACCCCCACGGAUUUCCUCUCCCCGUCGAGCGGGGCCGGGGAGAGUCAAGAGAGCACCUCGGAGCAGUCACAGAAUAUAUCUAGAUGGAGCUCCACUAGUUCUUUGUCGAGAGAAGUGCAGUUUUACACGAGUCGUGGCCGCGCUCGUCAGCAGUCCCAGAGUGCAGCCUUGCCUGAAGCGUACGGAGAGCCCUCGCAGCCGUACGGGGCGCCCCUCAUGUUCAACCCCACCAGUCUGUCGCAGCAGCAAGCGCCUGGGGGUGGCGGCAAGGGGACGGGGACUCUGGGGCGGAAGCGCUACUACAACUGAUGUCACCUCCUACACGGCGGCCCGCUUUGUUGUGACGUCUUUCAGGAUCGUGCUCUGUCCACGACAUUACGGAAACAAAUUCGGAGUAGGGUUUCUAUGGUUGUUUAUACUGUUGGGGAAUGUGCUGUGUUUAGGUUGUUAAUAUGUCAGAAAGUGCAUAUAAUCAAUGAAACACAAUAUUCUUUAUCUAUAUUCCUUCUCUGUCGUACUAUUUUCAUCUUUUUCAAACUUGUAAAUAGUUUUUGAUUCACUUAUAGUUGAGUUAAUACCGUCAUAGUUUUUUAAUUUUAUUUUAAGCAAAUAUGUGAAAUAAAAAUACUUCAAAAAAUUAGUUUAUACUUUCUGGAUUGAUAGGUGUUGAAUAUGAACUAUGUUAUAUUUAUACUUGUUGGAUCUAUGUAUUUAAACUGGGUUUUUUUCUUGUUUAAAAUAAACUGGGGUUUCUGUUUUUGUAAAUAUUAUUAAUUUUAAAAUAGAUGUCCUUAAUGUUGAGUUUGGUGAUCCAUGAACUAAAUAAAAAGAUUGUGAUUUAUGAGUAUUAAGUAUUUAAUGUUUUAUGAUUAGUGUUGACAUAAUAAAUGAAAUUUGUUUUUGCAGUUUGUUUUUAUUUUUGUGUUACCUGUAGUUUUGAUGAUGGCACGUUGUUUUUCCUACCAACUGUUCAUUUGUAAUUCGGAAUGACUUGUGUUAAAUGACAAUUUUUUUUUUGUCAUGUAUGUUUAUCAUUGUUAUAUUUUAUUUCAGCAGCCUAAAGUAUCAGUGUUCAGACCUAAUUAAAUACAGAAUGCUGUAGAAUUUGCAGAUUGGACAGCACCAUAUGAUUAAACAUACAGGCAAAACCUAUCCCCCAUAAAUGUAUGGAGGAAAAUGACCUGAAACAUAAAAUUUGUCAAUGAUCUGCCGGAAGGUUCAUUUACUCUCCUACAGUAAAUAAACCAAACUUCAUGAAAGAACUGUUAACACAAAUAUCUUCUUCAUUAUUGCCCUUGCCACUCAUGCUUGAUUCAAAGAACUGUUAAUAAACUUUGCAUUUUUAAAAGUUCUCCAUAGUAAAUUAGUGCUGUGCAGUAGGUUUCCCGAUAUGCCUUAUUUCUUUGGCAUACUAAAGGAAAAGUAUGACGAUGUCUCUCACAAAAUUUUCGUGCAACCAUGCCACAAAAUUCUUGAGCAACUGUGAAGGGCAAACAGACUUUGAAUAUUAGAAAGGUUUUUUUUUUUUCCUGAAGAGUCAGAGUGUUAAUAGUCAAAUCAUAACCUUUUGUCUUGUUUGCACCCUAGUACAUAUUUCCAUAGGUGAGUCUAAAGCUAGAACAAGGGUUACUGGAUAUUUGGUGUGUGCUAAAUAGUAGUGAUGUCAAGCUGAUUUGAACCUGUGCACUUGGUUUAGUAGGAACCAAUCAUCUUGCCUGUACCCAAUUUUUUCCCAGGAGCAUACAUAGAAUUUAAUUUUGGUGAGAAAAUGGUGGGGGGGGGGGGGGGGACCACUUUGCCUGCUGUUAGUGUUGAAGCUAUGCUAGGUAACCCCCAUGAGAAAAAAAUAAAACAGAUUAGGGUAAGGUCCGAAUAUUGUCUUUGCCAUUCCAAAAGGUCCACUUUCCACCAGCAUACUCAAAUAACUGGUGGGUGUGCAUGUAUGAUGUCCAUUAGAGACAAGACAUUACAGUUCUGUGGUAUCACAUACUUGGGCCAUGUGCAUUGAGAAGUCUUUAAGAUAUCUUGGUGAGUCUGGAGACACACACAUACAGCAUAGCAUCACACUACAUUCAGGCAAUUUUACCGUGAACCAGUAGGACUCACAUACAAUAUUGUGGUGCUGUCAAUAUCUUCAAAUUUUACUUACAUGAUGUAUUUAUUUUACAUUUGCAUAUAUGUACACAGCUGUGCAUCAGGGACUUGUCAACAUCAUAAUUGUUAAGUGUGAUUUUUUUUUAUCUCACUAGUUAUUUAAGUAACAUUUUCUUACUCUCUUGAGUUCAACAAAUAAUGUGUAUUAUAUGACAUUUAAUUUAAAUAAAAAUAACAUACCCUAUUUUGUAACUAGUAUACUCUUUAUAACUUGAGUUACAAUUUGUUUUGAUAAAGUUUUAAAUAAUUUGGAUUGGAAUGAUCUACUUAAGUUGAUUCUUGAGGGUCUUUUUAUAUGUUUUCUUAUUAUCUGUUGAUAUACUGCUACCAUAUCUGUUAAUAGUUAAAGUAGGCAAUUGUGGGAAUGAUGCUUUUUGAGAUGCAAAACAUUUUUGUAACACCCAGUGACUGUAAGCAUUUUAGUGCGUAUGUAGUUAAUGUAGUUCGUUAGUUGCCAGCUGGCAAAUAAUGUUCAGUCUUAUACAAAUAAUACACAUUACUCUUUUAACAUCACUUGUUUAGGACUUUUAUAUGUACCUGGUGUUACAAUCUGUGUUGCCUCAAAGUCAUAAGUAUUCUCACACACAGUUGCCUUUGUAAACUAUAUUCUUACAACUGUUGUCUAAGUGUCUCAUUUAAUCAGUGUCUCUUUCCAAUAUGUUGGUAGCAAAUUUGAAAAAUCAUGCUGUACAUUUUCUUCCUGGAAUACAAAACUGAUUGAUUUUUUUUGUGUGUAAAUUGUAUUCUUAGGAAGCUUCCGUUUCUUUAGUGUUUUUUUUUUUUGGGAAGGGGAGGGGGUGGUGGAUUGUAUUAUUCCAGACGUGAAUAUUUGUAAUGUUAAAUAUAAUAACUCUCAAAAUUAGCCCCCUCCCUCCCCUUUUCCUAACCCUUCUCUUGAUCUGCUAGUGAGUGAUAUGUAUGUAUGUAUGUAGGUAUGUAUUAUGAACGUGGUCCUGGAGGUUGUUUGGUAAUGAAACUAUAACACUUUCGUGUUAACAGUGUUGCCACUUGUCCGGAAAAAUGGAAAAACCGGGAAAUGUCAGGGAAUUUUGUAAAUAUCAUGGAAAUCGGGAGUACAUAUGUCAGGGAAUUUCAUUUUGUCGGGGAUUUCUGUAUUUGAGUUACGCAACAGUUUGUCAAAACAUUAUUUUCGCAGACCUGCAUACAGUAAAGCGCGCAACCUGAAGUUGAUAUAUUUCUUAUAGUGCUAGGUAUGCAUGUUAACCUAUGCAUACUCUGUACCUUUUACAUAUGCUAGGUUUAUGUUUUAUUGGCUCUCACAUGACACUAUGUGUUGUAUGGGGCUCUCUAGUGGCAUUUUCAAGCGUGACUGUACACAAAUUGGGAAGGAGGGGUCCACCUACAGUUGAAAUGUUUUCUUAUAGUACAGCAUUAAGAAUUAUCAGGGAAAAUCUGUAGUUUGCUAAGAAAAACCUGGACACAUCAGGUAAUUUUAAAUUUUAAAAUAGUGGCAACCCUGCAUGCAACUACAUAUAUUAGUCAGCAAAAAUUUCCAUAGGCUUAAAGGCCUAUGUAUAACACACAAUAGAUGCAAUUUUUUUUUUACUAUUUAUGAAUAUUUAGGCAUUGAAUAAUAAAAUAAAAUUGUGUUAUUUUAGCACAUAUGUAGUAGUGUUCAGAUGUAUGGAUGUAAGGACUAAUUGACAUGAAAGUAAACAAAAAAAUUAAUAUCAGAUGUGACAAAAAGUGUACUUAGUACCUGAAAAUGUACAGCAAUUUUUUUUUUCAGUUAAUAUUUUAUAUUUAAAAUUUAUUUUACAUUAUGGAAUGUAUCAUCUUUGCAGAGUUGUGUUACUUUUGUGAAAAUGAUUUUUUAAUGAUUAUUUCCAUAUAUCUGGUGCUAAUGGACUUACGUUUAUCUAAAAAGUAAAAAGUGUACCUGUUAUGCAAAUUUCAGCAUCUUUGGACAUGAACUAUUUCAGAGAAACUGCUUCACGAGGAAAAGGAUUAUUAUGUACAGUGUACUUGGGGGGUGAUGUAUGGGUCUGUACCAAUUGUAUAAUAUACUGUAAAGAAAUCUUGAA